AUGAGCGCCAACUUUGCACCCUACCAACCCCCACCCGACGUUCCUUCCGAAGACCCUCCAUCCGAAUCCUCAAAAUCACUCCUCGGCGGCCGGUCCAAGGGGAAGCAGAAGCGGCCCUGGUUCAAUCGCGAUCCCUCCUCGUUCGGAGCAGGCAAUACCUACCAAUCCGGCGGGUCUUUAUCGGACCCAACGAGUGUGGCUCAGGCAUACUCCAAUGAUCCGGAAGUAGCGGGUCUGACGGGUGGAUUUGGGGCUGCAAGUGGGAGUGGGAGCGGGAAUGGGAGUGGGGACGCCGAGCGGGCGAAUGCGUGGGAGACGAGGUUUGGGUGGAGGGUGGAUUUCAUGGCGCCGUUGGCGUACUUGGGGGGACCUAUCACGGCGCUGAUACUGCUCAUCCUCGAAACCCAGAACGACUAUGUCCGGUUUCAUGCCUAUCAAUCCGCCCUCCUCACUACACCUAUCCUGACCAUUCUCCUCCUCUUCAACCUCGUCAUCCCCUUCCCCUCAUUCCUACGCCUCCUGCUCCUCCUCGGAAGCAUAGGCGCCGCAGGAUAUACCGCCUUCCGAGCAUGGAGCGAUGCGUCCCAAGGCGGCCUGAGCCGAUUCUACCUCCCAUAUAUCGGCGAGAUCGCGGAACGGUGGGUCGGGGAGGAAUGA